GAAAACACAGAAAAAACUGGAACAAAAAAAUCUUAAAGAUAAUGUUUUACUGACAUUUCAUUUCAACAAAAUCAUCAAAUUGACAGUUUAAAAUAACUCUAUUGAUACUAUUAAACUAAAAAAUCUUGUAAAACACCAGCAACCCACCACCUUGUUUUCGGCAAGCCUCAAACCUGAAAUCAUUAAUUAUAUAUUAUAAAGCCUGUGUAUCCCAAAUCUAAGACUGCUUUGUCUGACAUGAAAACAUUAUAGAACGAUAAUAAAGUAUUCAAUGCUACAACAAGGUUUCACUCACAAUGGCAGCUUUGUUUCAAUUUCCAACUUUCAUUUCCUUCUCUUCUCAUAAACCCAUCUUCUCAUCAAAGCCACAACAAUGGAUAAGCUGGAAAACCCAUGAAUUUAGACCUAGAAGAAGCUUAAAAAUAUGUGCCUUUUCUAUUAAAAGACCUAGGAGUGGAAGAAAGGUAAAGAGUAAUGAGGAACUGUGUAAUGAUAUAAGGGAAUUUGUAGCUGAGGUUGGGCUUCCAGAGGGUCAUGUUCCUUCCUUCAAAGAACUUUCUCAGCAUGGAAGGAAUGAUCUGGCUAACAUUGUUCGAAGGAGAGGAUACAAGCUUAUCCAAAAGCUUCUUUCGAGCUCACCAGAAACCGAUGGACUUAUUGCAGAUACAAGUGUAGUUCAAAAGCACAAUGCCAACAGUGAUUCGGAAGAUACUUUUGAAGGUCAAUAUCUAAAGAGGGAGAAUGCAAUCGAAGUUGUUCCUUUGUCAACCAAAGUUUUCAACACGGAGAAUAAGUUGGUUGCAGAGGAUAUUGAUUCCGAUAACCAUAAUUGCAUGAGGGAAACUACAGUGUAUACUUCAGGAGAUCAAAUGGAAAUGGAAAGCACUGUGCUUGAAGAUGUUUCCGCAUCAACUUUGCUCCCGUUCGAGGAAAACUAUUCUGGGAGUUUGAGUGUUAAUCUGGACCAGAAUUCUGAUGAUAGUAGUUUCAUGCCUGAAGAAUCUCCGGCCAUGUCAAUUUUGGAGGAAAAAGUUGUGAGAUUUGUUCAGAAUGGAGAUUUGGAUGCAAUCGAGUAUACUGUUAACGAGAAAUUAAAUGAAACUAAUGAUGAAGUAGCAACUCAAUCAAGGACAGGAAGUGAAGAUCACUCGAGAAAUGCCUAUGAUGCUGUCUUCAAAUCGAAUGGAAGUGCAACAGUUGCCAAGCAGGUUGCUCCUCCCGUAGCAAUGGAUUAUCUUCCUUGGAGUUAUGACAAGAUGGAAGCUCAAACACUAAACAGUGAUGAUUCGAGGGAGGAUUUGGAUUCCAAGACCACUGGAAGGGACACCAUAAUUGAGAUUAAUUAUCUCAAGUUUUUGCUGGUAUAUAAUUUUAAUCACCAGAAGGAAUUAGAAUUAUCCCUAUUGAAGGAGCAGAUUGAAAAGGAAAAGAUUGCUUUGGCUUCCAUGCAAAACAAGGCUGAAACAGAGAUCCAAAAAGCUCAAAAACUUGUCUCUGAGAAGGAUGCUGAAUUGCUUGCUGCUGAAGAAAGCUUAUUGGGGCUACAAGAGGUGCAACUCGAAUACACUGGAGAUGGUGAAAUUGUGGAAGUAUCUGGUAGCUUCAAUGGUUGGCAUCAUCGGAUUAAAUUGGAUCCUAAGCCAUCUUCUACCACUAAAACCCCCCUUGAAUCAAGUAAGUCCAAAAUAUGGUCAACGGUGCUAUGGCUUUAUCCCGGGGUAUACGAGAUAAAAUUUGUUGUUGACGGUCAAUGGACACUUGAUCCUCAAAGAGAGUCAACAACCAGCAGUAGAAUAUGCAACAACAUUCUCCGAGUUGAUAGAUAAACUUCGGUGGGAUAAAAGAGAGAGAUUCUUUGUAUUCUGCAUUAACAUUAAGCCUAAACUUUGAGAGUCCUCGAUAUGGCAUAGGGAGCCCUACCUCUACUUUUGAAAUAAUUGUUUGCCAAGAGCAAAGUGGUGGAUUGGUUUUAGCAUCCAAUGAUGUCGAUUAGAACAGAGAAAGCUCGUUGCUUGCAUUGGGGAUGUUGGCUUGUUUCAUGCACGGCCACAGGAUUUGGGGAGUGAAGUCAUCCAUUCCUGGUCGAACACAAAAUAAAGACUUCAAUGUUUUCGUUGUGAUAUCACCGAAAACCUAUAUAACUUUUGAUAGGUAAGGUAAUAGUUGUGUAAGUUUUUUUCCAGUGACUCACAGUAGAAAGACAUUGAAGCAAUAGGUUUUUUCUUUUUUUUCUAUCUAGUGCUAGAAUUUGUACAAAUGACUUUCAGUGACUGUGUAUAUCUUUUGGUUUCCGUAAAACAUCGAGUAUCUCGGAAUCUUGUAUGAGGUUUUGUAGGAACUUUAGGUGGAACAUUGUCCACCAAAAUUUGCCCAUUGAGUUCAGAGCUUUAAAGAUUCAGUGAGUUGGGAAUUUGAAA